AUGUCUACUACGACGACCACAACCCGUGCUCCAAGCACGGGCAUAGACCUCAACAACCUCCCCCCAUCUCAUGACCCAGAAUCCAGCUCCUUCGCCUCCUCAGAGACCAACGACCCCUACAACCUUGGCACACACAUCAAAUCCGACGCUGACAUAGUCCAAAUCACCUCAGCAUACAACACGAACAAGCCGCGAAGCACCAAAACCAGCACCCGAAGACGCCUAAUCCACCACAGCUUCACCCGUGGCGGCGCCAAAGAUGCAAAGCUCCAAGACUUUUACCGCGCGCAAAACGAAAAGAUCCGCUCCUAUCUCAAGAGUGUAGACGACCACGAGCGUGAGGCGAAAGAGACGCAGGGCGACAAUAAUCUGAAGUACCAAAUUGCGGUAAAGGGUAGCUUGGCGGCCAAUGUCGUUCUCUCGGCGCUGCAGCUUUACGCUGCGAUUACCUCUGGCUCGCUUUCGCUCUUCACCACCAUGGCUGACUCGGUCUUUGAUCCGUUGUCGGGCGUCCUGUUGCUGCUUUCUCACCGCGCGGUGAAGAAGGUUGAUACGCAGAAGUACCCCUCUGGUAAAUCACGCAUCUCGACGGCGGGAAACAUUGUCUUUUCAUUCAUCAUGUUUUCCGUCUCGUUGGUCUUGAUCGUCAUGUCGGCUAGGGACUUAGCUGCUGGGUCUGAGGAGGAGACUAACGAGUUUCACUUCACAUCUGUCAUUGCCGUCGCGAUUGCGUUCGGGACGAAGUUCUGUUUGUGGCUUUACUGCUGGUCUAUCAAGGAUAUCUACUCUCAGGUUGAGAUCCUCUGGCGUGACCACCGCAACGAUCUCUUCAUCAACGGGUUUGGUAUCUUUACCUUUUCAGCUGGGAGUAAGAUCAAGUGGUGGAUCGAUCCCAUGGGCGCCAUUCUCUUGUCGUUUCUGAUUGCGGGGUUGUGGUUGAGGACUGCUUAUGAGGAGUUCCAGUUGUUGAUCGGGGUAUCUGCCGAGCCUGAGUUCUUGCAGCUCAUCACUUACAUCGCGAUGACUCAUUCGCCCGAAGUCAAGCAAAUUGACACUGUUCGCGCAUACCACAGCGGACCUCGUUACAUCGUUGAGAUUGAUAUCGUCAUGGACCGCCAUGAAAAACUUGAGAUUGCCCACGAUGUCGCCGAGGCUCUUCAGAUCAAGAUCGAGAAGUUACCAGGAGUCGAGAGAGCCUUUGUUCAUGUUGACUAUGAGACAAGUCAUAAGCCUGAACAUGACCUGAAAAAGGAUCUCUGA